CAAAAAGUCAAACUCGACAAUCACACGAAUCUUGUUGACUUUGUGAAGAACUUUUUGCUCUCUCGGACGACAGAUUAAUUAAUUAAUUAGUUAGUUAGUUAAUUGCUUAAUCCCAUGUCGAAAUGGACACCCACCUCUUGGGCGACCGUGGGAUGCAUCUGGUUGACGGUGUAAUUCGAAAAUUUCGUGUCGCCAAAGUAUUUCGCGAAAAUACGGACCGUAUAAAUUCCCUGUGUUUCGCACCACAAGGCGACCUCCUGAUCAGUUCUGCGGAUGAUGACCAGAUCGUUCUUUACGACUGUGAAAAGGGAACACAACGACGUGUCCUCAACUCGAAAAAGUAUGGCGUCGACCUGAUCCACUUUACUCACGCGAAGAACACGGCGAUCCAUUCUUCCACCAAGGUUGACGACACGAUCCGCUACUUGUCCCUGCACGAUAACAAAUAUCUCCGCUAUUUUCCCGGACACACGAAGAAGGUGACGACGUUGUGCAUGUCGCCGAUGGACGACACCUUCCUCAGUGGGUCGCUGGACAAGACGUUGCGCUUGUGGGAUUUACGGUCGCCAAAUUGCAUCGGUUUGAUGCCCCUGCUCGGCAUCCCGGUGGCCGGCUUUGACCCGGAAGGACUCAUCUUUGCGGCCGGAGUUAACAAUGAAAGUAUCAAGUUGUAUGAUUUGCGGUCUUUCGAAAAGGGGCCGUUUUCCACCUUUAAAUUCGCCUACGACAACGAGAACGAGUGGGCGUCCCUGAAGUUCUCGCCGGACGGGAAGACCAUCAUGAUUUCCACGCACGGCCCCAUCAUUCGUCUCGUCGAUGCUUUUCACGGCCUCCCCCUCCAAACAUUCUCGGGCUUCAAUAGCAGCAAAACUGCCACGAUUGAAGCCUCGUUCAGCCCUGACUCACAAUUCGUCCUGUCCGGAAGUAUGGAUGGGGCCAUUCACGUCUGGAGUACGGAACAUGGACGAAAGGUGGCCGUGCUGACCGGGGACCACACUGGACCCGUUCACUGUGUCCAAUUUAAUCCGAAAUAUAUGAUGAUGGCGACCGGGUGUACAAAUAUGUCAUUUUGGCUCCCGGCAAUUGAAGAGUGAAAUCAUUUACGUUUUCCACAUCCGGUUAUGUACCAAAACAAACCUUACCAAAUACUCUCCAAACAAAAUCCCACCUCAUUUUUAUACAUUGUUAACGUUAUUUACAUAUUAUUUAUCUAUGACAUAUAUUUAUUAAUUGACAUGUGGCAUGACAUUAAAUUGACAAAUAUUUAGCCUAUUAGCUACUUUUCGAGUAGACAGACUGCCGUUUAUAACAAGUCUAAAAAAAUACGGUGAACUGUAGUAAAAAACCAAAUCCAGAAUAAAAUAUGUUUUAGAAAAGGCAACCAAAU